GUCUCCGCCGUGGUUCCAUGUUGAAUGUGGGGGUCACAACGGGAUAAUCUAACAGUUGGAGGGCACAACGGGAUAACAGUUGGAGGGGUAUAGCGGGGUAGAUAGUGGAGAGAAAUAUUUGUCAUCUUCGGUCUGUGGACUAACCCAUACUAUUUACCCAUAGACGAUACUGUUUCGUUUCUGUAAUAAAACAUACCCAGUUACAUCUUUCUACGAAACGUUUACUUCCAAUCCGGCACCAGAACAAGUCUUUUAACACACAUCAAUCACGAUGACUGAUACCCUUUUCAAGCUCAACACCGGGGCCUCGAUACCGGCUUUAGGUUUAGGGACGUGGCAAUCUGCUCCUGGCGAUGUCAAGAAAUCCGUCGCUCACGCUCUCGGCGUUGGCUACAAGCACAUAGAUUGCGCUUAUUGUUACGGGAACGAGGACGAGGUCGGUGAAGGCUUAGCUGAAGCGUUCAAGUCGGGCCAGGUCAAGCGAGAGGAUAUUUUUGUGACAACCAAGCUGUGGUGCACAUAUCACACACGCGUGGAGGAGAACCUCGAUAAGAGCUUGAAAAGUUUGGGGUUGGAUUAUGUUGACCUUUACUUGAUGCAUUGGCCUUGCCCAAUGAACCCAAAUGGAAACCACGAGAAAUUCCCCAGGCUUGCUGAUGGGUCUCGCGAUCUCGAUAAAUCAUGGUCGCAUGUUGAAACAUACAAGACGAUGGAAAAGCUUCUCAAAACCGGCAAGGUGAAGGCGAUCGGCGUUGCGAAUUACAGUGUUAAAUAUCUCGAGGAGCUGCUGCCACAGGUCUCCGUUGUUCCAGCUGUCAACCAAAUAGAAAAUCACCCAUCACUACCGCAACAAGAGAUUGUUGAUUUCUGCAAAGAGAAGGGCAUUCACGUCACGGCAUACAGUCCAUUUGGAAGUACCGGAGGCCCAAUGUUCAGUGCAGAGUCAGUACUUGAAGUCGCCAAGAGACGUGACGUCUCCGUAGGCUCGGUCCUAUUGAGUUAUCAUAUCGCUCGAGGAAGCUCCGUGCUUGCCAAGUCCGUUACGCCUUCGCGCAUUGAAGAGAACAAGAACGUCAUCCAGCUUGACGCUACUGAUAUGGCGAUUCUCGACAAAUAUUCGAACGAAUUACAGGCUAAUGGAAAGCUAAAGAGAUAUGUGUAUCCCGACUUCGGGGUUGACUUUGGAUUCCCGGAUAAAUCUUAAUUGUACUGGAUCUUUAUAAACACGAUGAAAAAAAUAUAGAAUCCAUCUUCUGAAACACUUGCACUCUAGAAUACAAAUGAUUGCGGCAAUUCUGAGCAAAGUAGGGCAUCAUGUAGUUGUGGUUUUGCAGUCGCUUCUUUUAGAUCACUUAUUUAAAGUUGCCUACA